AUGGCAACUGCUAACAUCACCAUGAAUGCCAUAUCCGCUGGCAGCGCUGCGAAGCUGCACUGCCCUGCCUCUGGCAAGGUGGCGUCGGUGUCAACCCCGGCCCUGACCUCCUCCCUCUUUGGCGCGCGUCUUGCCGCUAAGCCCGCCGCGAAUGUCUCGGCGGCAUCCACUGCGUCGAACACGGUGGUGAUGACGUCAGAGUUCGAGAAGACGAAUCCUUACACGGAGGAGCUGAAGAAGACGGCGGCGUACAUUGCGGCUCCCGGCAAGGGCAUUCUCGCGUCCGACGAGAGCAACGCCACCACCGGGAAGAGGCUGAACAGCGUGGGGGUGGAGAACACGGAGGACAACAGGCGCGACUGGAGAGAGCUGCUCUACACCGCCCCUGGCCUCGGCAACUACAUCAGCGGCGCCAUUCUGUUCGACGAGACGCUGUACCAGUCGACGGCGGGCGGGGAGCAGUUCGUGGACGUGCUGCGCGCGCAGGGCAUCGUGCCGGGCAUCAAGGUGGACACGGGCCUGCAGCCCAUCGACGGCACCGACGGCGAGACCGCCACGCAGGGGCUGGACGGCCUUGCCGACCGCUGCAAGAGGUACUACCAGCAGGGAGCGCGGUUCGCCAAGUGGCGCGCGGUGAUCAAGGUGGACGACGCCAAGCACCCCACCUCGUGCGCCGUCGUCGAGAACGUCCACGGGCUCGCCAGAUACGCGCAGAUCGCCCAGGCGAACGGGCUGGUGCCCAUCGUGGAGCCUGAGGUGACUCUGGGCGACGGCGACUACAGCAUUGAGCGUACGGCCUAUGUGUCGGAGAUGGUCUACUCGCAUGUGUUCCGCAUGCUCAACGAGUACAACAUCAUCCUGGAGGGCAUUCUGCUCAAGCCCAACAUGAUCCUCCCAGGCCUUGACGCCCCGAACGCGUCUCCAGAGGAUGUGGCGCGCUAUUCGGUGCGCACCAUGCGCCGUUGCGUGCCUGCCGCUGUGCCCGGCGUGCACUUCCUGUCGGGGGGCAUGAGUGAGGAGGAGGCCACGAACAACCUCAACGCCCUGCAGGCUUAUGGCCCCCACCCCUGGUCGCUCACCUUCUCGUACGGCCGGGCUCUCCAGGCUUCCACCCUCAAGAUCUGGUCCGGCAAGCCGAAGAACAAGGCAGCGGCUCAGGAGAGGUUGGUGGCGCUGGCAAAGGCCAACUCAGAGGCUCAGCUUGGGAAGUACAAGGGCCCGCACCCAUCCCCCGGGGGGGGGCGCAUUCUCCAGGCCCUGCGCCUUGGCGGCGGUGCUGGAAAGUAA